UAGAGUAAAGCGUAUAAUUAUACUGAGACAAAAGAUUUAUCUAUUAACAUAUAAAAUUGCAGCAAACGUUAACACCAAAACUGCUAACUAUUUUAACAGCUAGGACUUUCAAAGUAAUGCAUAUAUAAUACAACGAUACAAAGUUUAAGAGAAAAAAUUGCUCUAAAAUUUUUCCAUAACAAAAUACUGUACUUAGCCGUGGAAUAUUUUUACUGAACAAAAGGAAUUCAUCUUAGGAAGAUAUUGUACUCUUUUUCAUCUUUCUCGUGUGGCCUACCUAAUUCAUUAUUAUUAUAAUACUUUGAAAACAAACUUCCUCGAGGCUUGGAGCCGUAAGCGUCUUAUCAUUACAAAUAAUCGCUUUAAAGAUAUUAAAUUCAAGACGAUUUGUACAGCUGGCCUCUAAUUUAUUCAGAAAGGUCUAAUUUGCAAGCAAUUUAACACUUUCCUUCAGGAAAUAAAAGGUAAUUGAGCGUAAAAAUGAAUACUUAUUUGCAAAUUGAACAAUUAAGGGAUGAUAGUUAUUGUACAGGAAAAUAUAAAGGGGUUUGUUUAUUCCCAUCAUUCACUUUGAAAUGAUGUUUCAAAAACUCAUUACAUUAACGGAACGUUUAGAGGAUCCUAAAAAUCCUCUUCUAGGUCCAACGUUAAAAGGAUUGUAUUUAUUCGGUUUAUGGCAAACGGGAGGGAAAAUUCAAACAAUUUGUUACAACGUAUUUCACUGUUCCACAGUAGUCUUUGUUGUCAGUCAAUUCACGGACCUCUACUUGGUCAGAAAUGAUAUUACUAAAGUUCUUAACAACAUAUCUCUGACGGCUCUGAGCGUGGUUUGUGUGGUCAAAUGCUUUUCCUAUGUUCUAAGGCAGGCGAAGUGGAAGGAACUUGUAAAGGAAAUAUCGCAAGAAGAGCUGCUGCAAAUAAAGAAACAGGACGAAGUAACAAUGAAAUUGAUGGCGAAGUACACUGAAUACACAAGAGUAAUAACAUACAUGUAUUGGAUGAUGGUUUUCUUUACAAAUGCUUUGUUGUUAACAACGCCUUUGAUAAAGUAUUUGUCAUCGAAAAAAUACAGAGAAGAGAUAAAAGGAGGAUCAGAACCACCACAUAUCAUGAACUCUUGGUUGCCAUUAAACACUUCGGAAAUGCCAGGAUAUUUGAUAGAAAUUGUGGUUCAUGUUAUAAUGGGCUGUCAGGGAGCAGCUGUUGUUGCAGUCUAUGAUAUGAAUGCGAUAUCAAUUAUGUCUUAUUUAAAAGGCCAAUUGCUUAUAUUAAAAGCAAAAUGUAAGGGUAUAUUUGAUGAUGGCUCAAGAGUUGAUGUUUUGAACAGGAUCAAAGAGUGUCACAGGCAUCAUACCGUUUUGUUGAAACACUACAGGUUGUUCAACUCCCUGCUGUCGCCUACAAUGUUCGUUUACGUGCUUAUUUGUUCUAUAACUAUAUGUUGCAGUGUGAUUCAGUUUAGUUCUAAAGAAGCAACGCCGUCACAGAGGAUUUGGGUGAUCCAAUACACCACCAGCCAAGUAGCUCAACUGUUCCUGUACUGUUGGCAUAGCAACGAAAUCACUACUGAGAGUAGAAAAUUGGAUCGUGGUAUUUAUGACAGUGAUUGGUGGAAGGGAGAUACUGUUUUGCGUCGCCAAAUAUUGCUGCUGUCUGGGAAGUUGUCACAACUAUUUAUAUUGGAAGCGGGUCCGUAUACGACAUUGUCGGUGCCUACGUUUAUUGACAUUAUGAAAGGUUCAUACAGUUUUUACACGUUAUUCGUUCAGAUGCAAGACGAUUAAUAGUUUUGUCGGCGUCGAUAGCAAUGAACAAAUGGUGUUAAUACAUCAUCUUGUUUACUACAUUUGAGUUCUGUUUUUUCACUUAGUCUGCACGUAAUGGUAUGAGCUUCUAAAUGUUCUCCGACACAGCCUGACGUCUUUUGGCGAAGAUAUUUGGGUUAUUUUGACGGCUUGCAUGGUCUAUAUAUGUUAGCAGCUUGCCUGUACGCUCAGUUACUUUUGGCUUUCAAAAUGUAUUAUUGACUACUAACUAAAUACUACUUAUCUCGUCUGGCGAAAAAGCAGAGAUGGAAGGAGAAGGUUUUCAAUGGAAGCCGCUGGCUAAGUUGUUCACAUUGUGCUGCUAACUAAGUUUUUGGACUUUAGCAUCAAGCAGUGAAAUAUUUUGAACAUCGGCACCAAGUCGCCGAUCAAAUCUGUGGACUUCAGCAUCAAGCUGUUGACAAUUUUGAAUCCCGGCACCAUAUGGCCGACUGAACCUUUGGACUUCAGCAUUAUACUAUUGACUGUCUUUGAACAUCGGCAUCAAGUCGCCGACUAAAUCUUCGGACUUCAGCAUCUAGCUGUUGACUGUCUUUGAACAUGGGCACCAAGCCACUGAUUAAAUUGUCGACAUAAAAUCGUCGAUGAAUUGGAUGUGUAGAGCUUAUGAUGCUUUAUGCCGAUUUUAAAUCAAAAUCAAAGCAGAAUUAGUUUAGCUUAGUUCGCAUAUCUAACACAUUUUUUCAUUCUCGUGCAUGUUUAAUUUUCUCAGCUAUACACUGUAACCGGCUUUAGAAUAUUCGUUAAACAAGAAACUCUAUGUAAGUUCUCUACAGUACGGCUACUUGUUUUAUGUCUUAUUAAGUCUUGGU